AUGGGCAGUUCCCACUCCAAGGAGGAGAAGGUCGAACGGGAGCGAUCUAGUCAAUUCAAGGGUAUAGGUCGUAACAAGUACUAUCCUCUGACUCCUCAGGAGCAUGCAGAGGAUACUUGGAGAAGGGAACAGUACCAGUCGGCACGUAACAAGAAAAAGUUGAAGAGCCAGAGGCACAUCGAGGGCCUUGAGCGAUUCAAGGGAUAUCCACUGCCCGGCGAGUCCCCUGCCAAGUCCCCUGCCUCAAGGUCAGGAAGCUCGUCCCCCGCGCCAGUGUUGGGAAGCAAAGUCCAUGCUGCAGAAAGCAAGCGCCCUUUCAUAGGGCGCUAUGACAGGUCCCCUGCCUACGGGUGGGGAAGCGGCUGGGGAGACAUGGUUCAUCAACAUCCAGCUCAAGAGUCGAAACGAAAGAUGAGAUCAAAGGCCCACAACUCAGUCUAA